CUGACGUCACGCCCUCAAUCCAUUUUCACUCGAUCUCCUCCUUCCUUACCCACUUCAACACAAUUUCAUUACCUUUUCCUCCCAUUUUUUUUGUAAUUUAUUUAUAUCUAUGCUGCAACGAAGAGAGAGGAAUUUACUGAUUUCUCUCGCAAUCGUCAAUGGCGUCGGAGAGAGUGGAGAUUGCGAAGCUCUGUAGCUCUCGAAACUGGUCCAAAGCUAUUCGCAUUUUUGAUUCUCUCCUUGCUCGUUCUUCCACUGUUCAAGACCUCUGCAAUCGAGCGUUCUGUUACAGUCAAUUGGAGCUCCAUAAGCAUGUAAUUAAGGAUUGCGAUCGCGCGCUUGAAAUUGAUCCGUGUCUUCUUCAAGCUUACAUUCUUAAAGGUCAUGCUUAUUCUGCCUUGGGAAGAAAAGGUGAUGCUGUGUUAUACUGGAAGCAAGGUUAUGACGUUGCUCUUAAUCAGUCUGCAGAUUUGAAACAAUUGUUAGAAUUGGAAGAGCUUCUUGUAAAGGAAAACACAAACGGAAGUAAUCAAGAAGAGCAUAGUAAUGGGUCAUCUGCACCAUUAACUGUGUUAGAACGACAUAGUAUAUGUGAAAUUGAAACUGCAAAGGAUCCUAAUAAGUUAAGGGUUGACUCUGAAAUCAGCAGUGAGUCAGACCAUGUGUCUGAGGUUCAAAGCAAAUUGGUUCCUGAAUGUCAUCGGCAAAAUGGGCCAGUGGAAAAGAUAAAGGAAACGAAGAAAUUUGACAGCAAGCCUAAUGGUACUUAUAAAAAAUUGAGCAGUGAGUUGGAAUCACUCAACAAACCUAGUGAAGAACCACGCAAUAAAGUUAAUACAUCUAAGGUUUCCAACAAGUUGAAUAAUAAGAAUUCUGAAGAAUUUGAGGGUAGUGAUGCUGUUAAGAAGAACCAGAAAGUUUGUGUUGCUAGGAUUUCAAAAACGAAGUCUAUAAGCCUAGACUUUCGAUUAUCAAGAGGGAUAGCAGAGGUUAAUGAGGGAAGGUACACAUAUGCUAUAUCAAUUUUUGAUCAAAUACUGAAAGAGGAUCCAAAUUAUCCAGAGGCAUUGAUUGGAAGAGGGACAGCGUAUGUUUUCCAACGAGAACUUGAUGCAGCAAUUGCUGAUUUUACCAAGGCUAUUGAUACAAAUCCAUCUGCUGGUGAGGCAUGGAAACGCAGAGGACAAGCUCGAGCUGCUUUAGGAGACUCUGCUGGGGCUAUUGGUGACUUGUCUAAGGCAUUGGAGUUUGAGCCCAAUUCUGCUGACAUACUGCACGAGAGGGGUAUCGUUUAUUUUAAGUUCAAGGAUUUUGGUGCAUCUGUGAAAGACCUUUCUACUUGUGUUAAAUUUGACAGAGACAAAAAAUCUGCAUACACUUAUUUGGGUCUGUCCUUCUCAUCGAUUGGUGAGUACAAGAAAGCAGAGGAGUCACAUUUGAAGGCGCUCCAAUUUGACUGUGAUUUUCUUGAGGCGUGGACUCAUCUAACCCAGCUUUAUCAAGAUUUGGCAAACACAUCUAAGGCUUUUGAAUGCCUCACACGAGCUCUAGAGAUUGAUGGAAGGUAUGCGAAAGCAUAUUACUUGCGAGGACUGCUUCAUCAUGGAAUGGGAGACCACAGGAAUGCCAUCAAGGAUAUAUCCAUGGCUCUUAAUAUCGAGAGCUCAAAUGUGGAAUGUCUUUAUUUAAGAGCAUCUUGUCACCAUGCCUUAGGGCAGCUCAAAGAAGCGGUCAAAGACUAUGAUGCUGCUCUAGAUUUGGAGUUAGAUUCUAUGGAGAAAUUUGUGCUUCAGUGCCUUGCAUUUUACCAGAAGGAAGUAGCACUUUAUACAGCAUCGAAAUUAAACAGUGAGUUUUGCUGUUUUGACAUUGAUGGCGAUAUUGAUCCCCUCUUUAAGGAGUACUGGUGCAAAAGAUUGCACCCCAAGGAUGUAUGUGAAAAGGUCUACAGGCAACCUACAUUGCGGGACUCCCUGAAAAAGGGUAAGCUCAGGAAGCAAGAUUUGGCUAUGACGAAGCAGAAGACUUCUCUUAUCCAUGCUGCAGAUUCCAUUGGACAAAAGAUUCAAUACAAUUGUGCAGGCUUCUUGCCCAACAGGCGUCAGCAUCGAAUGGCGGGAUUGGCUGCUAUUGAAAUUGCCCAGAAAGUUUCAAGGGCCUGGCGGGCUUUGCAAGCAGAAUUGAAGAAUACUGGUAAAGGGACUGGAAAAUAUGGCAGGAGAGCUCGGAAAAAGGAAACUGUAAAUUUUCCCAGUCAGAACAGAGGUGGUCCUUGUUGCAGUACUAGUAGCUCAUCAGACCCUUCAACUUCAUAUGGAAUUUUGGAAGAUAGGCCAGCUGCUCGAGCGAUGAUGUCAUGGCAAGAUGUGUAUUCCUUGGCUGUAAAGUGGAGACAAAUCUCAGAACCUUGUGAUCCUGUUGUGUGGAUCAACAAGUUGAGUGAAGAGUUCAAUGCUGGUUUUGGGUCCCAUACUCCACUCAUUCUAGGACAAGCAAAAGUUGUCCGCUAUUUCCCUAACUUCAACAGAACCCUUGAUGCUGCCAAGGCUGCAAUAAAGGAAAAGAAAUAUGCAUGCAGCAAGGCAGAUGCUGUUAUCAACUUAUCUGACAACAGAAAAUUGCAAGAUAUUAUGCUUGCGGAUACCUGCUCUGAUCUUCACAAAAGUGUUGGCGAGGACUUUUGGGUGUCUACAUGGUGCAGAAGUAUGGCAUCUGAGGGCAAGCAGUUGGAGGGGACAAGAAUCACCCUUCUGAAAUCGGGAGAACGUGGAUUUGAUUUUGCCAUAAGAACGCCUUGUACACCUUCUAGAUGGAAUGAGUUUGAUAUUGAAAUGGCAACAGCAUGGGAGGCUCUGUGCAAUGCUUAUUGUGGGGAGGCUUAUGGGUCUUCUGAUUUCAAUGCCCUUGAAAAUGUGAGAGAUGCAAUUUUAAGGAUGACAUACUACUGGUAUAAUUUCAUGCCACUAUCCAGAGGUUCUGCUGUGGUCGGGUUUGUAGUUUUGCUUGGAUUGUGUCUUGCAGCAAAUAUGGAGUUCACUGAGAAUGUUCCAGAAGGAUUGCAAGUUGACUGGGAAGCUAUUCUUACUUUCGAUCCUGACUCCUUUAUGGAGUCUGUGAAGAAAUGGUUGUAUCCAAAUCUUAAGGUGACAACAUCUUGGAAAGACUACCCAGAUGUUGCAUCAACCCUUUCAACUACUGGAUCCGUCAUUGCUGCUCUCAGCACUUACAACAACUGAAACCUUUUGAUUUACAAUGAGUGAAAAUGCUUGUGUUCGUUGCUGUGGCAUGUAUUCUCAUGGUGGAAAAAGGAGCCGUGGUUGAGAUUGAUGUAAAACACACCACAAUUGACUGUGGUUGAGCCUUACCUAUUCAUCAUUAUAACUGUUGUAUGUUGUACAUUAAUUUUUCUAUAUUUAAUUUGUUAUUUUCUCAGUUAUAAAAAUUCCCCCAGUAAAUUUCAUACUUGUAUUAAUUCUUUAGGAAUAGUGUUAGUUUGUUCCUGUGUGGGAUGUUCAUUUCCUCCCAACUUUCGGAACCUAUGUGUAUCUUUAAGAAGAUUGCAUAUAUGCUUUGUAUAGAAAAUAAAGGUUUCUUCA